AUGGAACCUAGCAGUCCGUCGACCAUGGCGCCCGCCGCGCAAAAGAUCUCUUCGACCACAAACGCUCGUCAAGGACCCCACACUACCUCGGAAUCCGAUGCAGGGACGGCCAAGAUUCCUAGACCCAGAGAAGGUCAGGCAGAUGAAAGAAAAUUGGGUUCGAGAGUUGUUUUGCGGGGAGCGCGCAGAGGUGGUCGAGGAAGUGGUCAGGGUAAGAGAAGAGAUAUGGGGAGGACAGAGUGGGCUAUGAACAAAGUAGACAAGAGGAAACGGAAUGAAGACGAGCAAGCCGCUAAACGACAACGAGUCGACGAGGGCAAAGCCGAGUUACCCAUCUAUGCGACGAAAUUCAGCGACGAAGUCUUAGCCGCUGAGGCGCGAAGACCGAAGAAAAAGGUGGCGGUUCUGAUUGGAUAUGCCGGAACAGGUUACAAGGGAAUGCAAUUGACGCACGACCAAAAAACCAUUGAAGGUGACCUGUUCCAGGCUUUUGUUGCCGCAGGUGCCAUCUCCAAAGCGAAUGCCGACGACCCAAAAAAGUCUUCUUUCGUACGAUGUGCCCGAACCGACAAAGGUGUCCAUGCAGCCGGUAAUGUGAUUUCUCUCAAGCUAAUCGUCGAGGAUGUGGAUAUUGUCAAGAAAAUCAAUGAAAAUUUAACGCCACAGAUUCGAGUCUGGGGUUUUGAAAGAACGAAUAACAGUUUCAGUGCGUAUCAGGCUGUGGACUCGAGGAUCUAUGAGUAUUUAAUCCCCAGCCAUAGUUUCUUGCCGCCUCAUCCAAGCAGUUUCUUGGGAAGGAGCUGUGAUGAGUGGGCGGAGAAGAAAGGGGAUAUGGAGGCCUAUAAGAAGCGGCAAGAAGAAGUGUUGGGAUAUUGGGAGAAAGUUGAUGAGGAAGUCAUCAAGCCUAUUCUGGCGGAAUAUGAUGCAGAGAUCAGGAAUAUCUUGGAGAGGGCGCUCUGGUUGAAAGGCGAAGAUCACGAUAGAGUCAAGAACAGCUCGACAGCCGUAGGGCCAGAGAUUGGAACGGGCCAGGAAACGCAGCCUGAGUCCGGGAAAGUGGAGGAAGAGGUGACCAAACCUGAAGAGAACAUGGAAACCGAUAUCAAGGAGUCUACAGACACGCAUCAACCCGCAUCACAACCACCCAAACACUCACGCUCUAUCAUCCUCAACGAAGCAAUGAAACGCCUCCGACAAGCCUACAUCACCGCUAAACGAGCCUACCGUAUCCCGGCAUCUCGUCUCACACGCAUCCAAGAAACACUCAAUUUUUUCGUCGGCACACGCAAUUACCACAACUACACGAUCCUAAAGACCUUCAAAGACCCAUCUUCCAAACGGCUGAUAAAAUCAUUCCUCGUCAACCCGGAGCCCAUUUUAAUCAACGGCACUGAAUGGCUGAGCCUUAAAGUCCACGGACAAAGUUUCAUGAUGCACCAAAUCCGCAAAAUGGUCGGGAUGGUCGCGCUCGUGGUCCGUUGUGGCUGCGACCCAAAGCGUAUGGUUGAGAGCAUGGGUCCGGAAAAUAUUUCGAUCCCCAGAGCGCCGAGUUUGGGUUUGCUGCUUGAACGUCCCAUUUUCGACUCCUACAACAAGCGUGCGAAGCGCGACUAUGGCAAGGAAUCAAUUGACUUUGACAAAUUUAGAACCGAGAUGGAUUUGUUCAAGCAACAACAAAUUUAUGAACGCAUGUAUCGAGAUGAGGAGAAAGAGAAUGUCUUUGGGAAUUUCUUCAAUCAUGUCGACAGCUUUCCGAGCGAGACCUUUUUGUUCGUCACGUCGGGAGGAAUUGAGGCGACGAGAACGAAAAUUAAUGGUUACACGGACCAAAUGAGCCAUGUUGAACAUGCACUCGUGGAUGCAGAUGGCAAUCCCGAUGCGGAGGACGACGACGACGAUGAUGCAGUUAAGGAUAUUCACGGGGAUGAGGGUUGA